GAGGACCAAACGACUACUUCGGUAUUCCCCAAGGCGCCACUUAAAAAAAAAUACCCCAAAUGUAAGCGUCUAAUUAUUUCUCCUGACACCCGAAGCCCAAAAUAAGAACAACACAUCGACGACCGCCGUCCGUGAUGGACGAGGGUCCGGUCGGGGUUCUCCCGUCCCAGCCGCCCCCUGGGGGGCUCCCACCCCCUGGUCCCCUGCACGGUUUCCCGCCCCCUCCGACCCCCCUGGAGAUCCAGGCCUCCAGAGCCCACGCCAGGGCCCGAACCCUGGCGUGGGACGUCCCGGCGGGACCUGCCGCUGAACCCCCUCAAUGGGCUCAUUGUGGGGGCCCUCUUGGGGCUCUGUCGUGGUCCAGGAACGGCUGCGCUGGGGCGGGGCCGGCGGACCGCUCCCCUCACUCCUGGGGGAGGAGUGAGGGGGUAUGCGGCUCCCAUGGGACCCUGAAGCCCAGAGAGAACAGAGACAUGCUGAGCCCGGAGCGCGGCCCCGGGGCCCGCCCCGCCUCAGGACCGGAGCCGGAGAAUGUAGGGGAUCGGGGGCCCGUCCGGACCUCCAACGCACCAUCCCCGCUCCGAGGCCCAGGGGCCCAGCCGCAGGGGCCCCCAACCGCUACGACGCCACCACCGCCGGGGUCCAGGAGCCAAUCACGCGCGGGCUCCGCCGGCGGGGAAAACCUGAGGGUGGUCAAGCACAAGCCCAGCUUCAUCGUGUUCCGGGACUUUGACGCCGACGGCGCCCGGCGCCCGGGCCGCGUCGUCCGACGGGCGGAGUCGGACGCCGGAGGCUCGUCGGCGUCGGCGUCGGCGUCGUCGUCGGCCACCACCGAAGAAGAGGAUUGUCGUGACGACCAGGAAAAGGCGGAGGAGGCGGAUUUGAUCCCUGAGCUGUCGCAGUACGAGGGAUUCCCGGUCAGCCGUUGCCGUAGGAACCUGGCCACGAGCAGGAAGUGCUUGAGGAGGAGACGGGACGUCCCGGUGAUCAGCUCGGUCGAUCCGGUGGCGGCGGUGUCCGCGGACAGUGAGGAGGAGGAGGAGGAAGAGGAGGGAGCUAAGAACAACAAUGAACUGGUCGGCCCCGGCGACGCCCCCGCGGUUCAUCUGAGGAGGAAGCUGGCCCAGCUAAACCAGGAAGUGCAGGAAGUCUGCAUCACUAGCUCCGCCCACGAAGACGUCCUCAUCGCCGACCCCGGGACCCCGGCCCCCUCGGAGGAUCACCCAGUGUGCAGGAUGAGGAGCAGAGCCCAGACUCUGGACCAGGGAUCCUCUGCGUUCAACGACCGAGUCGAGCCACUGGGAAGACGCCGCUCGCGACCUUUGACCCGCAGCCGUCCCCUGACCCGCUCGCCCCUCUCCUCCGGCGUCCACUACCACGCCCGGCGGGCCAUGGUUGCGAACAAGGCGAAGGGUUCAGCAGAGAUCGAAGCUAAGGAGGCUUGUGAUUGGCUGAGAGCUGCUGGGUUUCCACAGUAUGCACAACUCUAUGAAGACUCGCAGUUUCCAAUUGACAUCUCCUCGGUUAAACGGGAUCAUGACUUCCUCGACCGGGACCUGGUGGAACCCCUCUGUCGGCGUCUCAACACCCUCAACAAAAGCGGUUCCAUGAAACUGGACGUGGCCCAGCCGAGGAAGAAGUCCGAUGACUCCGACGAAGACGACCAGCUGGCCAUCAGCAAGAGAUGGACCUUUGAGUGGAGCAGCCGCCGCUGGUCCCGCCUCCAAGACAUCAACUUCCUGUUGGACGGCACCCAUGACGGCAGCCCCGCCAGGCUGGGGGCGGGGCUACUUCACAGCACCGUGAGCUCGGAGAGCGUCCUGACGGACUUCAGCGAGCAGGGCGUCGCCGAGGCGUCGUCCGUCCACAGCGAGGACUCGGCCUCCGCCAUGCCCGACUCCGUCUCCAUGGCGGCGAUCUCUUCCUGCUACCAGCCGCCCCGGGACCUCUCGCACUACAACUCGCUGCCCACGAAGGGCCGCCGGAACAGCCAGGGCAGCAAGAGCAAGGCCAAGGAGUUCCUGCGACGCAUGGACCUGAUGCGCACGUGGGGCCCCUCGGCCCGGCAGAAGGGCCCCGGGCGCCGGCCCGCGCUGGUCAUCGGCGCGCCGGUCCUCCAGGGGGAGGAGCCACAUGCGCUGCAGGUGCUCCAGUGCACGCCCAUCCACGGCCAGUCGCAGAGCAACCCCACCACCCCGCUCAGGUCGUGCGCGGUCGGCGCGUCGCCCGUCUCCCCCGGCAACCGUCGCCGGGGGCCGCCGGGGAUGACGGCGAGCGCCAGCGGGGACAGCGCCGUGUCGGACCUGCAGGAGGCGGAGCCUAAGGCGCGGCGCGCCGCCGGGAAGAGGGGCAGCGUGUACCUGGAGGACAUGGAGCUGCCGUCCCAGGGCAGGAGGCCCGACGGGCCCAGCCUCUACGGACGGAGCCAGUUCCGCUCGUACGAGAACCUCAUGGUGCACAUCCCCAAGGACCACAAGCCCGGAACCUUCCCCAAGGCCCUGUCCAUCGAGAGCCUGGCCCCCGCCGCUGGGGCCCGAGACCCGGAGCUCCGAACCCGGGCCAAGAAGCCUGGGGCGGGGCGGGACGAGCCCUGGGCGGGCCGGUCCCUCUCCCGGACCCCCGGCUGCCCCGCGGCCCCGCGCGGCAGCCGGGUCAGCGUGUACGACAACGUGCCCGGGUCGCACCUGUACGCCAGCACGGGGGACCUGCUGGACCUGGACCGCGAGGACAACCUGUUCCCCCACCUGGACGACAUCAUCCAGCACGUCAGCGGCCUGCAGCAGAUCGUGGACCACUGGAGCCGCAGCGUGCUGCCGGAGGGCGAGGGCGAGGGCGAGGGCGAGGGCGAGGGCGAGGGGAGGACCUCCCCCAGCGAGGAGGAGGAGAGGGACGCAGUCUCCCUGAACGACUCGGACUCCACGGGGACCGCCCGGGAGAGGAGGGACUCGGGCGUGGGAGCAUCCCUGACCCGACCCCGACUUCGAUGGCCGAGCUUCAGGAUGUCGGACCCCCUCAGCCCGCUGGCCUCCUCGCUGCAGAUCAGCAGCCAAUCGGCGGGCCAGCUCUGUCUGCUGCAGAAGUUCUCCCUGCUGCGCCUCACCGCCAUCAUGGAGAAGUACUCCAUGUCCAACAAACACGGCUGGACCUGGUCUGUGCCCAAGUUCAUGAAGCGCAUGAAGGUGCCGGACUACCGGGAGCGGAGCGUGUUCGGCGUCCCCCUGGUGGUCCACGUCCAGCGCUGCGGCUUCCCGCUGCCGCUGUGUCUGCAGCAGGCCCUGAGCCACCUGAGGUCGCACUGUCUGGACCAGGUCGGGCUGUUCCGGAAGUCGGGCGUGAAGUCUCGUAUCCAGGCCCUGAGGCAGCAGUGCGAGGCGUCUCCGGACUUCGUGAGCUACGAGGACCAGUCUGCCUACGACGUGGCCGACAUGGUCAAGCAGUUCUUCCGGGACCUUCCAGAGCCACUGCUCACCAGCAAGCUGGCCGAGACUUUCCUCCAUAUAUACCAGUACGUCCCGAAGGACCUGAGGCUGCAGGCGGUGAGGGCGGCCAUCUUGCUGAUGUCGGACGAGAACAGAGAGGUGCUUCAGACGCUGCUCAGCUUCCUGCGUGAUGUCACUUCCUUGGUGGAGGAGAACCAGAUGACUCCCAUGAACCUAGCGGUGUGCCUUGGCCCCUCCCUCUUCCACCUCAACAUCCUGAAGAGCGACAUGCUGUCACCGAGGUCCAUCCAGAGGAAGUACACCAACGGCCGUCCGGAGCAGAAGGACCUGAGCGAGAACCUGGCCGCCACUGAGGGCCUGGCCCACAUGAUCACCGAGGGGCACCAGCUCUUCCAGGUGCCUGAGGACAUGGUCACCCAGUCCCGCAACUCUUACAUGGAGGCGGAGCUGCUGGCCCCGCCCCUGGAGGAGCUGUGCAAGGCCCAGCAGGAGGUGGAGGAGGAGGAGGAGGCGGAGGAGGAGGAGGUGGAGGAGGCGGAGGUGGAGGAGGCGGAGGAGGAGGAGGGCUCGUACUGCGCCCACAUGGAGGGCCUGGUCCAGGCCCUGCUGCGGGAGGCCCGCGACAAGAGCAAGGGCUGGGUGACGCGCUCCACCGCCGAGCACACCGAGCUGGCCUCCAAGAAGGUGGGGGACGGUAACCCGGUGCGGCGCUGGCGGGUGUGUCUGGAGGUGGCGGCCCCGCCCGCCCAGGUGCUCCAGCGGCUCCUGAGGGAGCGGCCCCUGUGGCAGAGGGACCUGCGGCAGGAGAAGGUGCUGGAGGUGCUGGACAGACAGACGGACGUGUUCCAGUACUCCUGCCACGGCAUGCCGCCCCAGCCCGGCACCGACUACGUGGUACUAAGGUCGUGGCGUACGGAGCUGAGUAAGGGUGCGUGCGCGCUGGUGUGUGUGUCCGUGGAGCACGAGGACGGCCCGUGCACGGCGGCCCUCAGGGGUGUGGUCCUGGAGGCUCAGUACCUCCUGGAGCCCUGCGGCAGCAGCAAGACCCGGCUCACACACAUCUCCCGGGUGGACCUCAGGGGCAGGUCUCCAGAUUGGUACAACAAGGUGUUCGGUCAUCUGUGUGCGAGCGAGGUCCAGAGGGUCCGAGCCUCCUUCCAACACCCAGAGCCCGCCAGCCAGGAGGCCAAGAACUGAGAGGGACACAAAACUACAAAAACAAUCGGCCCGGCAGGCCAUGUGAAUGAGCAAAGGAUGCUGGGGGUUGUAGUUUGUUUGUACAUCUACUCCUUGGGAUGCAGGGUUUUUGUUGGCCUCCGCCCAGUGGAGCUGGUCUGUUUUACUGGUUUACACGCAUACAGACAGACGUACACGCUGUACACAUUCAGUCUGUUCACAUAUGCAACACACAUACACACAUACAUUAAGUAUGCACAAAAGCAUGCAUCUGUAUUUAUCACACACACACACAGACACACACACACACACACACACACACACACACACACACACGUGCGCACACACACACACACACACACACACACACACACACACACACACACACACACACACACACACACACACACACACACACACACACACACACACAAACAGGCACAAACAAAUACGUGCGCACACAACACAAACACAAACAGCACAACAAAAUCGAGAAAGUGAGCGGCAGGUGAACCAACAUUACCCCAUACAAGACAUUUCCACGUGCUCUGGUCCGUGUAGAAUACCCAGCCUGAUAACAACUCAUCCCGGGGGGGUUGAUUAUGUCUUUGAGGCAACUGGUCCCAGAGCUACACCGCGGUACUGAGGUGUUCCUGGUCCCCCCCCCCCCCCUCGGUGUAUAAACAGGGUAAAGUACCGCCGAUGGGCAGAAGAACCCUCGACGGGGACGGAGGAAGGAAGGAUUCAAGCUGUAAGGCCCAGGGCUCUAUAGCUUAACACCCCCCGGGUGUCCCCGAAGAGUCAGCGAGCUCACUUCUCCUUCGGUCCGCCCCACCCAGGUCGCGCUCACAAACCGUUUCUAUGUACAUAGAGCACCGCCAGCGCACAAAGAACGAUGUCACCGUUUGCGAGAGAACGUCAGGGGGCUGAUUAGCACACACACCCCCCCCCCUCUGCCCCAUUGAGAAUAGAUGCUUGCAGAUUUUUUCAGACGGGAUGGAGUCAUCGAACGCGAUGCGACAUGGGCAGAGGAGCCAUGGGUGUGUGUGUGUGUGUGUGUGUGUGUGUGUGUGUGUGUGUGUGUGUGUGUGUGUGUGUGUGUGUGUGUGACAGUCUAUAUAUGUGUGUGCGUGUGUGUGUGUGUGUGACAGUCUGUAUGUGUGACAGUCUGUGUGUGUAUGUGUGUGUGUGUGUGUGUGUGUGUGUCACUGUCAGUGUGUGUGUCAUAACAGCCCAUCCUGUGCCCUGCAGUCAUCCCCAUUGUUAUAGCCUUUCACCAAUCAAUCAAGGCACUCGAUCAAGCCUCCCGUGAUCAAUAGCGCUUCAGGUGGUGUCUACAGUCCCUCCUACGCAGGAAACGACAUGACCAGCGCAGUGUGGUUCAAAACCAGCGUCCUAUUCAGAGUCCUGUCCCCAUGGAAACCCAGACCUAACCCCACAGGUCAGCUUCUCACCCGUGUUUGUUUGCAGUGCUCCACGUCUGCUUUUAAGCUCCUCCUCAAGGCUCUCCUCUGGGCAACCAUGUAAUACAAUGUCUACGACAUUUGAUCAUUUCACAGCUUCUAGGAAGCAUGACUCAAACUGUAUAUGUGUGUGUGUGUGUGUGUGUGUGUGUGUGUGUGUGUGUGUGUGUGUGUGUGUGUGUGUGUGUGUGUGUGUGUGUGUGUGUGUGUGUGUGUGUGUGUGUGUGUGUGUGUGUGUGUGCAUAUCCUGCACUGUAAAUAUGUGACGCUUUCUGUGCCAGCAGAUUAAAAUAGCAUAGCCUUUCAGGACCUGCUUAUCAUAUUGAUAUGCUGACAUAUGACCGUAUAGCAAACUAUCUGAGUGUGUGUGUGUGUGUGUGUGUGUGUGUGUGUGUGUGUGUGUGUG